UUCCAAGAUGGCGGCACCCACCGUCCGACCCGCAGUGCGACUGUCCGCUCGAUUCGAAUCGACUUUUGCCUAUAAAACCAUCAAAGAUCGCCUUCCUGUGAUCCUGACGAAGGUCAUAGACCACUUGAGCAGACGUGCUGAUCAGAUCGAGAGCGUGUAUGGCUCUGAAAGUCGUGAGGAGGUCAAACAGACGAUAGGCAGACUAUCGAAACUUCGGAACGAGCUCCAGACCAACAAAGACUACAUUUCGAUAGAGGACUCAUACUCCGACUCCGUCAUCUGGAAUGAGCAGAUACCCCGUGAGGAGUCUCCGAGAUGGUUCGAAGGAAGCUGGCUGUUCGCCGAAUGCUAUUUUUAUCGUCGAAUCUUCGAAGCCUUCCAGUUGGCAAAACACCUGGAGCGGUACGAUUAUUUCAGCGAGCAAAAACAAGCUGCUCUCACGAACUCUAUGACAGCCAUCCACGCUCUCACGGAGUCGGUUGAGACAACCAAGAUCGAUGUCGAGACCCUGUGGACAGUUUCCCUCUGGGGUAACAAGUGCGACCUUUCCUUGUCUAAUGGGCAAGACAACAGUCAGGAGGAGGACCCAAUUCUCCAACUGCAGAAAUACGACUGCCGCAUCCUGCACAACGACAUCAAGCUCGUCGCGGAGCUUGUCCGGAGCAAGAACAAUCUUAAGUUGGCUGUGAUACUUGACAACGCGGGCUUUGAGUUGGUCACCGACCUGAUACUCUUGGACCAUCUGACCAGUUAUGGACACGCUUCAGAAAUCCGACUCUACGUGAAAAUGAUGCCGUGGUUCGUCUCGGACGCGUUAACACACGACGUCCUCUACGUGAUCGAUACACUCGAAGCAUCGAAGGUCCCGAGCACUGCCGCCCUGGGGCGGAGGUGCAAGGGAUACCUCGACUCCAAGCAGUGGACAGUCCACGAGCGAAGCUAUUGGACCUUGCCCUACGAUUACUCAGAGAUGAAGGAAGUCGACCCCAAGCUUUACGACGAAUUAUCUGGAGCCGACUUGCUUGUCUUCAAAGGUGAUCUGAACUACCGGAAACUUGUCGGUGACCGAGCCUGGAAAGUCGACAUCGACUUCCAACAAUCUCUCUUAGGGUUCAGACCGUCUCCCUUGGUCACUCUGCGAACUAUCAAAGCCGACACUGUCACGGGCCUGGAAGUCGGGGUCGCGGAGAAAGCGGCCUCAUCCGAUCCGAACUGGAUGAUCACGGGCGAAUUCGCGGUGGUUCAAUACGUGCCAUAGUUAUUCUUGUAGGAUUGUUUGAUAAAUGUGUAAUUUUUC